AGCGGAGAGGACUAUUUAACCGGUGGGCUCAUGUUUCACUCCCAUCACGCCCUCCUCCUCGGCCAUGGCGGAGAUCAAUCACCAAGACGAGGAGCUUCUCGACGUCCUCACAAGAACUGGAGAGAAGACCGGCAUCUCCAAGCCCAGGGGGCUCGUCCACGGGGAUGGGGACUACCACCGGGCGGUCCAUGUCUGGAUAUACUCGGAGAGCACUCAGGAGCUCCUCCUGCAGCGCCGAGCCGACUGCAAGGAUUCUUGGCCCGGUCUGUGGGAUAUCUCUAGCGCCGGCCACAUCUCGGCCGGGGAUUCCUCUCUCAUCACUGCCAGGAGGGAGCUUAAUGAAGAACUAGGCAUAAGCCUCCCAGAAGAUGCAUUUGAGUUGAUUUUUGUUUUUCUUCAAGAGUGUGUUAUAAAUAAUGGGAAAUAUAUCAACAAUGAAUAUAAUGAUGUAUAUCUUGUAACAACUUUGGCCCCAAUUCCAUUGCAGGCCUUCACUCUUCAGGAAACUGAAGUUUCUUCAGUGAAAUAUAUCUUUUGGGGCGAGUAUAAAAGUUUACUUGCAAAUGAACAUGAAGAAUAUGUCCCUUAUGAUGUAAGCGGGCAAUAUGGCCAACUAUUUGACAUUAUUGAGCAAAGGUAUAAAGAUAAUACAGAGGCUCGUAGUUUAAUCCUACAAAAACAGCUUAGUCGAUAUGCUCCUAUCCAUUUGGCUCCAGAGUUGACUGGGCUUUCAGAAGCAGACAGGGAAGCCUUAUCUUAUGUGCUUAGAGCAUCAAUGGUCAUGGAUGAAAUCUUUUAUGCGCAGGUUUGGUAUAGCAAUCCAAUGCUAAGAGAUUGGUUGAAAGAGCACUCUAAUGCUUCUAAGUUAGAUCAGUUAAAAUGGAUGUAUUAUUCCAUCAAUAAAAGUCCAUGGUCAUGCCUGGAUGAAAACAAGGCAUUUUUAACAACAGCAGAUUCUUCUUUGAAGUUACUCGUUGAUGCUACCAAGCCUGUAUCUGGUUGGAAGGGAAUUGAAUAUAGGGUUGCUUUCCCUGUGGUGAAGCCCCCUGGUGCAAAUUUCUACCCUCCUGAUAUGGACAAAAUGGAAUUUGAACUAUGGAAGCAGACUCUAAGUGACAGUGAACAAAAAGCUGCAACAGGAUUUUUUACUGUAAUCAGAAGGCACGAUGAUACUUCAUUUUCUGCAGCAUCUCGUUCUAAAGACCGUGUUGCAUCUAUGGAGCCCUUAAAAUCAAAUAAUUUAUUUAUAGUUCCAUUUUCCCAAGAGUAUAGAACUUAUCUUGUGAAAGCAGCUGAGUUGCUUCAUUCAGCAGCAGAACUGUCUGACUCUUCUAGCCUGAAGAAGUUGCUGAAAACUAAAGCAGAUGCUUUUCUAUCCAAUGAUUACUAUGAAUCUGACAUAGCUUGGAUGGAGUUGGACUCAAAAUUGGAUGUCACUAUUGGUCCAUAUGAGACAUAUGAAGAUGCACUUUUUGGAUAUAAGGCAACAUUUGAGGCAUUUGUUGGAGUACGAGAUGACAUAGCAACUUCUCAAGUCAAACUUUUUGGGGACCAUUUGCAGGAUUUGCAACGGAAUCUUCCUUUGGACAGUAAGUACAAAUCACAAGAUGUAGUUGCAGCUCCAAUCCGUGUAAUCCAGCUUCUUUAUAAUGCAGGGGAUGUGAAAGGCCCCCAAACAGUUGCUUUUAAUUUACCAAAUGAUGAGUGCAUAGUAAAUGAGCGUGGAACAUCAAUGGUGUUGCUCAAGAAUGUCUCGGAGGCCAAGUUUAAGCAUAUUCUCCAGCCUAUAUCUGAUGUAUGCAUUAAGGAGGAACAAAAGAAAUACGUUGAUUUUGAGUCUUUCUAUACUCACACAAUUUGCCAUGAGUGCUGUCAUGGAAUUGGACCUCAUACCAUAGUCCUUCCAAGUGGUCAACAGUCAACCGUUAGAUUGGAACUUCAAGAAUUCCACUCGGCCUUGGAAGAAGCAAAAGCAGAUAUUGUUGGCCUCUGGGCACUAAAAUUCCUCAUCAAGCAGGAACUGCUUUCGAAGAGCUUAGAAAAAUCUAUGUAUGUAUCUUUCUUAGCAGGAUGCUUUCGCUCAAUACGUUUUGGACUAGAAGAAGCACAUGGGAAAGGGCAGGCAUUGCAAUUUAAUUGGUUGUACGAGAAUGGAGCCUUUAUUUUGCACUCGGACGGAACAUUUUCUGUUGAUUUUUACAAAGAUUGAAGGAGUUGUUGAAAGCCUCAGCAGGGAGAUUUUGACAAUCCAGGCAAGAGGCGAUAAAAAUGCUGCAAUGUCACUUCUUCAGAGCUAUGCAAAAAUGACACAGCCAUUGAGCAUUGCUCUGGAAAAACUUGAAAGAAUUCAGGUGCCUGUAGAUAUUACUCCUAUCUUCGAUUCUGCUGAUCGAAUAUUAGGCCAGCUGCAUUGAGUUGUUGAGAAGUUUGGGGGUACAGAGCAUUUAUUGAAUGUAUGGGGGUAACGGUCGCUGAUUUGAAUAAUAACUGGAAAUGCGAUGAGAAGAAUGGCAAGAAAAGCUACCAAAGGUCUUGUGAACCAUGGACUGGACCUUGGCAUGUAACCAGAAAGGUGCAGGGUGCAUCACAAUAUAUAUCGUACUAUGCUAAUUUGUGUCAGACGUGGAAAACUGUGCUUUAAUACUUGUACGAAAGUUGUAUGAAUCGUUGAAAGUUUUUCAUAUAACAACAGUGAAGGACCAGGCAUGUUUCUCCAUCA